AUGUAUAAUCUUUUACUCUACUUGUCGCAGAAGCUAAAGUUCACUUACAAAAUAUUCCCUGCUCGUGAAAACACCUUGGGAGUUAAGAACAACGGAAUUUGGAACGGCGUUAUAGGAGCCGUCGCUAAUCUCGAAGCCGAUAUCGGUUUAUUGCCAUUGACUGUCUCACUGGAGCGGUACGAAGCCAUUGAAUUCUGUGGAUUCGUACGCGGCGACAACACCGGCAUCCUUGUCAAAUAUCCCGACGCCAACAUUUCAUUUACCAGCGCCUUCGACGUCUUUUCGAUCGGAAUAUGGAUCGGAGGGAUAUCUUCCGGAAUAGGAAUCUGUGCCCUUUCUGUCAUUUUUUCUUACCUGACAAAACGAUUGCGCAUUAACGAUUGGCCGGCGAUGAGUGCUGAGCAUUUUUUAUGGCACUUGUAUGGAACCACGAUUUCUCAAGGGGUAUAUUUUCCGUGCCGACAACCAUCGCAGAAACUUCUCGUUGCGACCUGGUGUUUCGCAACUUUUGUCUUCGUCAACAUUUACAACUCGACUUUGAGGUCUUACAUGUCGGUGACUUAUCAAAGACCCGAAAUCAAUUCCUUUCGCGAUUUGGCUACUGCCACAAAUUACAAGGCCACUGUCUUAAUCGGAUCUAUUCAAGACAUCGAUUUGCGGGUGGUGAUGGAGGUUUAUCUGUCUCAGUAUAUAAUCUAAAUUAACUAGCACAAAUUAAUUUUGGCGGUUGUAAUAGCGAUACCAAAAUGGUGAUCUGAAAAUGAUCGCCGAUCGAGUCAAGAAAUGUGCACUGGAUUGCAGGAAAUUCUCCUUCGAUGAACUGGCCGUUUCGGUUUUAGAGCAAGAGAACUGCGUUUCC